AUGCCUGGGACGGCUGGAGAAUAUAGUCUCUGGUUUGACCGGCAUGAAGCUGAUCGUAGCGUCGCCAGAAAGCAUAAAGCGAAACGAUCGAUGGUGUUUAUUGCUGAUGAACACCAAGCGCUAAAUUCUGCUUUUAAGCGCAAGCGCCAAGACGCGCUUAUUAUCACACUUUCAUCAUUCGCAACCACAAUCAGCCAACAUGGGAAAGCUUUUGGGAUCGGACCUGGUGAGAGGGUCUAUGAUUUUGCGUCGUAUGAUUUUGAUAUUGCCUGGUUAUGCAUUGCAAUCCCUGUCUCAUGGAGCAUAUCUAUGCAUCCCAUCAGCACACGAAAGGAAAAACGACCUAGAAGGCUCGAUAUUGAGGUUCAAUGCGAUUAUUACUUUUAUAACACCAUAAAUAUGUCGCCCGAUUAUUGA